AUGGCCUCGACUGACCGCAGUACAGCUGCGGACUCGAGCGACACCAGGGACAAUUCCCCGCAGCACGACACCUAUGCCGCUCCCUACGGUCGCUCCUGCGUAGAUUGCUCACAGGCCAAGUGCAAGUGCAUCUACUCCAAAGCAAGCGAGAAAUGCCAGAGAUGCCAACGCCUGGACAAGGAAUGCCGCCAGCCUGCUACUACCCGUCGCUCGACCAAACGAAGAUCAGCCGUAUCUAAGAAUAUAUCGAAGACGAACCGGCUGGAGAAUAAGAUAGAGGAUCUGGUUGCGCUGCUCCGAGCUGGCGUACACCCCGGAAAUGCUUCUACAACUUUACUCAGAGAGCUGGCGCAAUUACCUGAAAACCAGAAGUCCGCCAGCAGUAAUGCUGCGUCGCCACCAGGCCGAUCUGACAUCUCCAUGAGCAGCUCGGGGCUCAACUCAGUUGAUACUCGUCGAACAAAUGACACAGAGUCGACGCCAGAAGCUAGCCUGUCGGACGGCGGAGGCUCGUUAUCCACCGGCGCAUCGGCCGAGCAUGCCAUGGAGCCGACAGGCAUCCAGGCAGAGGAAUAUUUUACUAUAUUUCUCACUAAGAUGCUACCGUACUUUCCCUGCCUGUAUGUCCCGUCAGGCACUACUGCAGAGAAACUUCGUCGUGAUAAACCAUUUACCUGGCUUUGUAUCAUGGCUAUCGCGUCUAAAAGCAGCGCACAACGUCGCAUUCUCUUUGAUCGCAUCAAACACACGGUAGCGCAGAGAUUGGUGCAUGAAUAUUCAUGCCGUGAACUUGAUAUGCUACAAGGGAUUUUGUUAUAUCUUGGUUGGUCCAAUCAGCAAGUCUACAACAAAGCCAACAUCUAUGUAUUUGCACAGUUAGCAAUGGGUAUAGUCUACGAGAUGGGUCUAUUCAAUCCAGAGGCGAAAGGAAAGCACAUGUUGCUGUGCGUUCAUCCAGAGCCUCACGAGAACCGUACGGCACCCCCGCGCCAGGUUAUGGAGGAGCGCAGGGCUGUUCUGGGGUGCUUUCUACUGACAUCGACUAUCGCGACCUUCCUUCAGCAGAGUGACUCUUUGCGUUGGACACCUCACUUGGAGGACUGUCUUCGCCUUCUUGAAGAGCAGCAAGAGUGUGCCAAUGAUGGUAUUCUUGUGCAGCAAGUUCGACUUCAAUUAGUCACGGACGGACUAAAUCUGGGUAGCAGGUAUGGAGGUUUAUCAGGCGUUGAGUCGAUGCGACCGUCGCCUUCCGUUUAUCUCCGCCCAAUGCAGACACAGCUGCAGUCACGCCUCCAGGAAAUUAUGAGAAGACACGGCUCUCACUCCAAGGGAUAUAAAAUCGUUCUUUUGCAUCAUUACAAUACUUCGUUGAGUCUCUAUGAGUCUGCACUCCCGAACGGUGCCAUUUCAUCAACUGUUAAUGUGAUGUACGAGCAUCUCGACUACCUGUACGGUUGUCUUGACGCCACAAAGUCAUGGUUCGACGUUUUUUUGAGCAUACCGCCUGGGGAAUACAUUGGUUUCCCAUUCGCCGUAUUUGCUCAAAUGGUCCAAAAUCUGGCAACUCUCUUCCAGCUCUCAACUCUGGAGAGUCCGCUUUGGGAUACGGGCAAUGUUCGACGAACGGCCGAUAUCUUGAAGAUUUUGGACACCAUCGUCAGUCACAUGAGUCUAGUUUCAACCAUUAAUGGUGUGGAUGGAGGUCCUGAAGCGGAUAUCUUCUCUACAAUAGCUCAGACAUAUCAUGCUGUCCACGUGGGGUGGGAAACGAGGCUGAAUACUGAUCCUAUAGGGUCAUCUCUGGUCGAUCCAGUCCCACCAAUCCUUGACCAGACUCUUCUCAAUAUCCAGCCUAUAUCAUCGGAUGAUUUGCCACUGAUGGGGGAUAAUGACUGGUUAACAGAUAUGCUGAACACUGUGAACCAGAAUGAGAGUGGAUAA